AUGGCCGAUGAAGCAUACCACAUUGGCGCCUCCGUAGCUGCUGAAUCGUACUUGAACGGCGACAAGUUGAUUGCAGUAUGCCAUCGGGCUGGCGCUGAUGCCUUGCAUCCUGGUUACGGCUUCUUAUCGGAGAAUGCCGAUUUUGCCCAAAAGGUCAAGGAGGCCGGCAUCAACUUUAUCGGUCCUACGCCAGAUUCGAUCCGUGCCAUCGGUGACAAGAUUGCUGCCAAACUGUUCAUUACCGCUAACGCACCUACUAUUCCUUUGAUCCCGGGCUAUAAUGGCCAUGAUCAAAGCGUCGAACGUCUUGAGGAAGAAGCUUCUCGCAUCGAAUUCCCUGUCUUGUUAAAGGCAUCUGCCGGUGGCGGUGGCCGUGGUAUGCGUGCUGUUUAUGAUUCCAGCAAACUUCGAGAAGAAAUUGAGGCGGCCAAAGGCGAAGCUUUGCGAUCGUUUGGUUCCGAUAACUUGCUUAUAGAAAAAUACUUUGAAAGUAUCCGUCACGUCGAGAUCCAAGUGUUCGGUGACAAGUAUGGAAAUGUGUACCAUAUCAACGAGCGUGAUUGCUCCGUGCAACGUCGCCACCAAAAAGUCAUUGAGGAAUCACCCUCGCCUGCUGUAGAUGAAAACUUGCGUAAGGCCAUGACUGGAGCUGCUGUAGAGCUCUGCCGCAAGCUUGGUUAUGAAGGUGCUGGCACCGCUGAAUUUAUCCUGGACGAAAAAACCAGAAAAUUCUACUUUUUGGAGCUGAAUACCCGCUUGCAAGUCGAGCAUCCAGUGACAGAAGCCAUUUCCGGCCUUGAUCUUGUCGAAUUGCAGAUCUUGGUAGCCCAGGGUGCCAAUCUGAAUAAGCUGGGCGUGCUAGACAAUAUCCAAUACCAAGGCCACGCGAUUGAAUGCAGACUGUGUGCCGAGGACCCAGACAAUGACUUUAGUCCGCGCACGGGCCUCAUUCGCAAGUGGAGCCCGGCCACUGACAUUCCAGGGGCACGAUAUGACACUGGCGUUGAAGAUGGAUCCGAGAUCUCGGUGUUUUAUGAUUCAAUGAUUGCCAAGGUCAUUGUGCAUGCCCCAACACGUGCCGAAGCAGUCCGUCGUAUGGCCGCAGUCCUGGCCCGAACUGUCAUUCUCGGCGUGACUACGAACCAAAAGUUCUUGAUCAGCAUCAUGAACAACCCCCGGUUCCAGUCAGGCACCUUUGACACCAACUUUAUUCCUUUGGAACGUCAACGUCUCUUUCCGCCACGCACCAUUGACCAAGUCCAAAGCAGUGCUGUUGCGACCGUGCUGUUUGAAUGGAUCGUGCAAAAGGAUCAGCGCGUAAACUUGCGCAGUAUUCCGUCCAACUGGCGUAAUGUCAAAUGGAAGGUUCCGUCCAAAAAGUACAUUGUCAAUAAUGGAGAGCAGGUAGAGGUCAGCUAUGAGUCGAUCCAAGAGCCUGGCCAACGAGAGAGCACCAAAUCGCAUGCGUUCCGCUGCAAUGUUACUCUGUAUAAACAAAAGGUCGAGCUGCCAUUGGCAGUGACGCUGUAUGAUACGCAUUUUGGACAACAGACGCCUGGACCGCAAGGCAUCCAGGGCUGCUCUGGGUUAUUGCGCUGCAGCAUCGAUGGCAUUCAGCGCUACUUUUUCAUUGCAGAGCAGGUACAGGACGUUAAUGAAAAGACAUAUUUCGUGCAUGACUUUGUGCAAGGCUACCCUGUCGAACUCGGCAAGGUGGAUCGACUCAUGAGUGCUUCUGCAACAAGUGAAGAUGACCGAGUGACACCUUAUACAUCAUCGAUGCCUUGCCGCAUUCUCAAAAUCUUGGCACCCACCGGUACUGUCGUGAAGAAGAACGAUCCGCUUUUGUCGAUUGAGUCCAUGAAGACGGAAGUGAAGAUCUUGAGCCGUCACGAAGGUGUUGUCACGAUGCGCGUCGAAGAGAACCAGCUCAUUGAUGCUCGCGUCUUGUUGUGUCAGGUUGACGAAGUAAAGAAGUAA